UGCGUAAACAGAGAUGAAGUGGAUGGAAAAUUUUUUGAGUGAUUUUUUAUUGGGAUUUUGUGUGGUGGUUUUUCCAUUUUGAAUUUUUUACCUGAAAAUUGCAGGAACUGGAGGCAUGAAGCGACCGCUGGAAGAUCCUGAUGAUGACAAUGACACCGGAAAAAAUCCCAUCGUUUUUCUUGACGUCGCAAUUGAUGGGGAAAAAGUUGGGCGAAUUAUCAUUGAACUUUUCAAAGACACAGUUCCUCGAACAGCUGAGAAUUUCCGAGCCCUCUGCACCGGUGAAAAGGGAAUUGGAAUUCAUGGAAAGAAACUGCACUACAAGGGAUCAAUUUUCCAUAAAAUUGUUCCCCAAUUCAUGAUCCAAGGGGGUGACAUCGUCAAUUUCGAUGGAACAAGUGGAGAAAGCAUCUACGGGGGAGCUUUCGAGGAUGAGAGUUUCGAGUUAUUGCACUCUGUGAAAGGCCUUCUUAGCAUGGUGAACGAGGGAAAACCAAACACCAACAGUUCACAGUUUAUCAUCACAAUUGAGCCCAGUCCUCACCUUGAUAACACGAAUGUCGUCUUUGGAAAGGUCAUUAGGGGUCUGGGAAUCGCCCAAGAGGUGAACGAAGGGGUAUUUAUCAUCAAAGAUAAACCUGUCGAGAAAGUGGAAAUCAUCGACUGUGGAGAGUUAACAAGAGGAGAAAAUUGGGGAAUUUAUGAAGACGAUGGGACAUUGGAUAUUUAUACUUCUUAUCCAGAGGAUUGGGAUUAUGUGCUCAAUACGGAUGAAGAAAAAAUCGACGCGAAAUACGUAAUGGAAGUGGUGGAGCAAAUAAAAUCCUCAGGGAACUAUUAUUUCGAUAAAAAAAAUUAUUCAAAAGCUGGAAAAAAAUACAAAAAAUCAUUACGUUUUUACGACUGGCUCUUGAAGAGAGACAGAGCCCCAGAGGAUCUCCUUGAACCUCUCCAAAAUCUCAGGAAUUCAAUAAUGCUAAAUGCGUCAGCAGUAGAAAUAAAAUUAGGCAGAUAUCGAGAAGCUCUGAAGCUUUGCAACAAUGUCUUAGCAAACGACAAAAACAGUAGCAAAGCUUUAUUUCGUCGAAGCCAAUCAUACAUGGGACUUAACGAGUAUGAGCUUAGCCUUGAUGAUCUCAAAGCUGCGGAUACCAUCUCUCCAAAUAAUCGUGAAAUACUUCGAGAGAUAGAGAGAGUCAAGAAGACAAUAAAGUCAUACCUCAUUGUUGAGAAAACCGCUUGUAAAAGAAUGUUUAAGCUCUCAUAAUCAAAUGGUACAAGUACAAAUGCAAGAACGAAUGGUAAUUGACCAAAUAAUUCCUCCAAUGUCAAUGGCAGUUAAUCAUAAUGAUUACAGAAGAUAUAUUUUAAAUAAUGUUACAAGAAAUAAGAUACCUACCUGUUACUGAUUUUGUAUAUGUAAUUUUGUGGCUUGAAGUGGUGAAAUGAAUGAAAGAUUUUUUUUUAUCGUCUGGACUAUAAAUAGUUUGAGAGAUAAAUUAAUAUUUAUUAAUAUGAACUCAGAUGAUAGCUCAUGAUUUUUUGGGGGAAACAAUCAAACAUUUUAUUCUAAAAUCACUUGCUAUUGGAAUAAUUCACCACUCAGUCACUGAAUUAAUUGUCUCAUUCCUGAAGUCAAUCAACUGCCAAGUAUAUCAAUUACUGCCAGAAUCGAUGUAUUUAAUGUUACAAAAAUGGUCAAAGUGAGUAAUAAAUGUGAAAGAUCGAAUAAACUGAUGAAAUGAAUAAAAAUCAUGGGAAUUCUCAA